AUGAGCGAUGCAGUAUUCUUGGUGGUGAUGGGCGUAUCUGGCACAGGAAAAUCUACUCUCGGCGCUGCGCUAUCAAAGGCUCUCCGUCUCCCAUUUAUCGACGGCGAUGACCUCCAUCCGCAAUCUAAUGUAGACAAGAUGUCACGUGGAGAACCUCUCACAGACACAGAUCGCCAGCCCUGGCUAGAAACUAUCCGCAGAACAGCCGUUAGUAGCGUUCUAAGUCAGCUUGGGAAUGACCACAAAUCACAUGCGGAGCCAAACGCAAUGCCCGAGACCGAGACGAUGCUUGACAAGUGCAGCAUGCUCGGGCGUAAUGAGCAGCUGAGUUCUAGUAUGAGGGAUAAAGACCAGAAGCCGGGUAUUGUCAUCGCGUGCUCUGCGCUGAAAGGGAGUUACCGGUUGGUGCUACGGGGCGAAACUCUGUCGGAAGCUGAGGCGUCGAAGCAUUCAAGAAAGCUUCCGACGUGCUUUGUGUAUAUGAAAGGCUCGCGGGAGAUGCUUAUGAACCGAAUGAUGAAACGCCAGGGACAUUUCAUGAAGGCUGCGAUGUUGGAUAGCCAAUUGAAGACGCUGGAAAGCCCUGAGAAUGAGGAGGGUGUGGUAACGGUGUCGAUAGAGUGGUCGACUGAGGACCAAGUGCAAGAGGUGGUCAGGGCUCUCGAGGAUGGAGAAGGACACCAGCAUGUGGCAUCGAAGCAUUGA